AAAGCCGAGGCUGCUGUGGUUGUAGUGGAGCUGCGGAAAUGGACAGAGAACUUUUCGGCAGACUUGCGGCCAAAAUGGGCCUGACGUCGGUCAGAGUGCUGAGCCAGGCGGAGGAGUACCUGCGGCUCUCUCAGGUCAAAUGUACCGGUCUCGGUGGCGCCACCGCCACCAGCAGAGCGGUUAUUUGUCUCGAACUGGCGGCGACCUCGAUGAAGUUUCCUCUCGACAAGGAUUUUGCCAUCAAGCUCUCAGGGUUGAAUAAGAAAGUCUACCAAAGCAGCCUAAAGUCAUUGGAGUGUAUGCUGGGUCUGCAGUCCAGUGUUGGGCUCAGAGAGCUGGCUGUGCAGUACGGGUGUUUGGACGCAGUGAAGGUGGCGUCUCAGAUCCUUGAAAGGUAUGAGGCCAGUCUGCCUGCAGCUCAGCAGCAAAACCUCGACCUGUCAAAGCCGCUCUUCACCACUGCGGCUCUGUUCACUGCCUGCAAGUGCAUGAAAAUCAGAGCAGAUAAGAAGCUGGCGUCGUCCUCCGGAGCGAAGAAGGGCAUCUUCGACAGGCUCUGCGCUCAGCUGCAGAAGUUUGGGCAGGAGAUUUGCAGUGAAUCCUCUUCUGUGAAGGGAUCAAUCAAAACAGCUCAGAAAAGACAGAAGACCCUCACUGAGAUGCUGCAAGAGGGAGAGGAUGAUGAUGGGUUGCCAACAUCUCCUAAGCAACAGAGGGAGCAGCAGCGGCCGAGGGAGGACGAGGCUGAGGAGGACGCGAAACAGAAUUACGAGGAAUGGAAGAGAAAAAUCCUAGAGAAUGCACUCAGGGCUAAGGCGGCGGAUUCAUGAGCGCAGACUGGCGGUAGUUUUUAUUUAUUAUGUUCCUGGUUUUCUUUUUUUUUGUUUUAUUUUUCCCCCUUUUUCCAUCAAGUGGCUUUAUUUGCCAGAUGAAACACGUCUUCGUCUGUCAGACCAGAGCUGCGUGUGCAGAUAUAUGGUUGCCCACACUUUCGUUUGAUUGCAUUCAGAGAAAUGGUAGUUAGUGAGUUCUGAAUGAUUCGGUGGCUCAUCUUUGCGCCGCUGCGUUAUGUUCUGCUCUCGGCCUGAAUGGCUUGAUUAUCGCAUUGUUCCUGCAGGACGGUGCUGGAUUAAUAGUGCAGAGUAAGGUGCUCUUAAUCAAGCUCUCCUUACGUUUGACUGUCAUUUGCAUCAAGUAUCUCAUGUUGGUGACUAUUCAGUCUGGAAAUCAUCACGAGUUUCACAUCUUCUGUAAAAGUGAAGAAAACCUUCCUGCACAAUGAGUGGUUUCCAUGAACUUCCAUGUCAUUUUAAUAAAAGUAAAAAUUACAGGUACUUGUAUCUUG